GAACUGAAGUUGCACAUGAUUGAACUGAAGUUGCACAUGAUUGAACUGAAGUUGCACAUGAUUGAACUGAAGUUGCACAUGUUUGAACUGAAGUUGCACAUGAUUGAACUGAAGUUGCACAUGUUUGAACUGAAGUUGCACAUGUUUGAACUGAAGUUGCACAUGAUUGAACUGAAGUUGCACAUGUUUGAACUGAAGUUGCACAUGUUUGAACUGAAGUUGCACAGGAUUUCCAAUCGGGUUGGUUUGUUAAAAACCUCUUACGUUAUGAUUUCUACAGGAAAUUGCUGACCUUAUUGAAGUGAAGAUGCCAGACUUUUGUGCAGCCUACGGAUGCGCUAAUCGCCGUUGUCUCGAAACGAGAACCCGUGGGAUCACCUUUCACCUGUUUCCCAAAACCGGAGAGAGGCGGAGGGAGGUGGAAGCCCUAAGAAGGGACGGUUUUGCUACGUCUGACAGGGCACUGCUGUGCAGUGAGCACUUCAGGAGUUUCAAGGACUUUGACAGGACGGGGCAGACUGUCCGCCUUAAAGAUGGUGUUGUGCCAACCAUUAUCAACUUUCCAGCUCAUCUUCAAAGGGUAUGUGUAUCAUUGACCAACAAUAAUUUAAGGUGUGUAAGAUUGAUAUAUCAGUAUAAAUAUGUGAUACACUGUCACACUUUAGUUUUGUGUUUCUGCAAGUUAUAUAAUGUGUUGUUUCUUGCAGCACAUUCUAGAAACUCAAAAACGUUUUACUUAUGUUUAUUUUAGUCGGAAGCAACAAGAAGCACAACCACUUCUAGAAGAGCGGAGGACAACCUGCCAACGGACUGGAUGCCUGAUGUUGUGAGUAUUUGUCGAAUGUCAUAAACUAAUGAGAGCAUCGGAUGUUUAUAUUGAAUCCUUUACCUUGGUGGUACCCACAAAGGUCUAUGAAGGUGUUAGUAGUCUUAAGAGCCCAAUAUUAUUUGAGGUGGUACUCUAAAAGGUUAGAAACCCACUGGCUAUCUCACUCUCUGUCACUCAUACAGUGGAAUGAAUAAACAUGCGUGGACAUUGAAACUACACCCAAAAACUGCAAAACACGUCCAACAUGAUCCUCAGACACACACAAUGUUUGGAUAUGUGGACAUGGGGGAUCGAUUGAAUGACACUGACAUAGCUUCCGAGGCUUUUGUGUUUAUGGCGGAUGGGCUUCAAGGUUAUUGGAAAGCUCCAAUUGCAUAUUAUUUCACACAAGAAUCACAGAUAGUGUUAGUAGAACAUGCAUUAGAAGAGCUGCAUCAUCCUCAGACAAGGGUGGUGUGCAUGACAAUGGAUGGUCAUGCAUCAAAUGUCAGUAUGUGCACCCAACUUUGGUGCGAUCUAAAAGCAGACCCCUGUGAGCCCUUGAAGACCCAUUUCCCAAUUCCAGUAACCCAUGACAAUGUUUCUGUUAUGAUGGAUGCUUGCCACAUGCUGAAGCUGACACGCAAUAUGUUGCAGGUACAUGCUCAUUAUUACGUAUCUGCUCUGGUUGACUGUUCUGCUUUUGAUACAUUUUGAUUGUAUUUACAUAAUUGUGCAGAAUAUGGUUCUUUACAGUUGACGUCUGCAGGCAUACAGCCCAAUUAGAAGCAUAACUGGCAGUAUCAAUUGGAAGUACAUAGUUCAGCUGAACAAUGUCCAAAAGAAAAGUGGACUACAUGCUGCCAGCCGAGUCACAGAUAAGCAUGAUAACUUUGCUAAUCAGAAGAUGAAGGUAUGUUUGCAUGAAGAUUUAUGUAUAGAGGGUCACAAUAGAAAUGGGCUCUGGGGCUUUAUUGUGUUUUUAUACUUUUUGAUGGUGUUUGUAUCUUGUAGCGCUAAUGUGCCCUUCAUUUCUCCUUAUAAACUCAAUCAAAGUCUCCCUGGCUGCUCAGACUUUGAGUAACUGUGUGGCAGUGGCGCUCCGCACCUUGCAGGACGUGAGCUAUGCAGAGUUCAAAGAUUUGGAAGCUACUUCACAAUUUAUUAAAGUAAUGCAGAUAGAGAUUUGCAUCAUUGACCAAAAACAUUUCCCAACAUUCUACUGCUCUUACCAACAUUUGAGUGAUUAAUCCCUUUAACCCUUUAACACCCUCCCUUUGUGGUUGAUCUGUUGGUCAGUUACCCCAAAACGAGGGUGGUUGUUAAAUGUGAAUGCCUCCGGGAUUGACCCGUUAUCUUUCUUUUCUUUUUUUCAGGAAAGAUUAAAUAUGACCCUCGUCAAAUUCAACAAUAUGCAAGAACUUGGUUAAAACUGUUUAUACCUACCUCAUACUUUCCUCAAAAGCACCCUUAUUGUCUCAUCCCAGAUUUACAGGUUUAAAGCAAUGCAGCAAUUUAAUUUUAAAAAGCAUAGCCACCGAGGAAAUGGAGAGAAAUCAAACUAUGCCUCGUACUUGGGUGUUUACUAUCUGAUACCUGUUGACACUAAGUCGUAGUGAUGAUUUCAUUGCUUUCAGUUAAUUAGGAUAUUUGUUUAUAGAUAACAGACAGGCUGUUUGACAUCUUGAACAGUCGCAAUCCCAGUGCCAAAGGGUCCAAAGCCCCCCUUGGUUCUAGGAAUUGGACUAGCUCCAGGGAGUUCUUGAUAAAAGCCAGGGAGUACUUGUUCACUUUGAAGAUGGAGGAUGGCAAACCCCUUUACCGAACAAAGAGGUCUUUUAAAAUAGUGACUGUUCCAUUACUGAUGCACUGACACCAUUUGUAGUCGCCAAUACCCAGUACAAAUUCUUAAUUAUAAUUAAAUGAUCAGAAUGAGACUGCCGAUUUAGAGAAUAAGGGUUUAUUUUAUUCUUCGUUAGAUGUAUACAAGUAGUCAAUUUAAAAAUCAUUAAAUUAUCGAAGGUAAAACUCUACCGGUUUCAGUGCAUCCCUCAAGUCCAUGAUAUAAGAUCAACAUAUGCUCUGUCCUCCUGUCUGCCUCGAGUUCAGAUACUCUGUCCUCCUGUCUGCCUCGAGUUCAGAUACUCUGUCCUCCUGUCUGCCUCGAGUUCAGAUACUCUGUCCUCCUGUCUGCCUCGAGUUCAGAUACUCUGUCCUCCUGUCUGCCUCGAGUUCAGAUACUCUGUCCUCCUGUCUGCCUCGAGUUCAGAUACUCUCUCCUGUAAGAUGUUCUCUCCUGUAAGAUGUUCUCUCCUGUUCUCUCCUGUAAGAUGUUCUCUCCUGUAAGAUGUUCUCUCCUGUAAGAUGUUCUCUCCUGUAAGAUGUUCUCUCCUGUAAGAUGUUCUCUCCUGUAAGAUGUUCUGUCCUGUAAGAUGUUCUGUCCUGUAAGAUGUUCUCUCCUGUAAGAUGUUCUGUCCUGUAAGAUGUUCUCUCCUGUAAGAUGUUCUCUCCUGUAAGAUGUUCUCUCCUGUAAGAUGUUCUGUCCUGUAAGAUGUUCUCUCCUGUAAGAUGUUCUCUCCUGUAAGAUGUUCUCUCCUGUAAGAUGUUCUGUCCUGUAAGAUGUUCUGUCCUGUAAGAUGUUCUCUCCUGUAAGAUGUUCUGUCCUGUAAGAUGUUCUCUCCUGUAAGAUGUUCUCUCCUGUAAGAUGUUCUGUCCUGUAAGAUGUUCCAGGUAGGGAAUGAGGCCUUACCCCAAGUGAAGGAGUUCAAGUAUCUCGGGGUCUUGUUCUCGAGUGAGGGAACAAUGGAGCGUGAGAUGGGCCGGAGAAUCGGAGCAGCGGGAGCGGUACUGCAGUCACUUUACCGCACCGUUGUGAGGAAAAGGGAGCUGAGCCAGAAAGCAAAGCUCUCUGUCUACCGGGCCAUCUUCGUUCCUAUGGUCAUGAAGGAUGGGUCAGCACCGAGAGAACGAGAUCGCGGAUACAAGCGGCCGAAAUGGGAUUUCUCCGCAGGGUGGCUGGCAUCUCCCUUAGGGAUAAGGUGAGAAGUUCAGUCAUCCGGGAGGGACUCGGAGUAGAACCGCUGCUCCUUCACGUUGAAAGGAGCCAGUUGAGGUGGUUCGGGCACCUAGUGAGGAUGCCACCAGGGCGCCUCCCUAGGGAGGUGUUCCAGGCACGUCCAGCUGGGAAGAGGGGUAGACCUAGGACCAGGUGGAGGGGUUAUAUCUCUCUGCUGGCCUGGGAGCGCCUUGGAAUUCCCCAGUCAGAGCUGGUUGAUGUGGCCAGGGAGAGAGAAGUUUGGGGCUCUCUGCUGGAGCUGCUACCUCCGCGACCCUGACGGAUAAGCGGGAGAAGAUGGAUGGAUGGAUAAUUCAAAUUUCAGGAUUUGUUGUGCGACGGGCUCUGAAGACGCUGUCCUGUGAUGUCUUCCGUGCCAGCCUGGUGACAGACGCUGCAUCUGCCAUCAAGGACCAGAGCUACCACCUGCUGUCUCUGAAAAACAAUGGAGGCCUGGUGAUUCCAUCAGAGGGAACAGUGAGGGUCGUCAGGCCAGCAGAGUGGGUCAUUCGCCAGGCCUCAGCAAGUUGCAGACGAUCACAGCCCAUCAAACUGCUAGAGAUCAUGUACAUUGUACGGAAGAGGAUUGGGUCAGAGGAUGUGUUUGCGCUCGGGGAGCACAUCGGCGACACGCAGUAUGGCAUACGCAGUCACCACCAUACGAUGUUGACAUUAGGUGUGUCCCUGUUUUUUAAGCUAAGGCUACACCACAUCACUAAAAUGACUACAGUUAGCUUACAGAGCAACAACAUGCGACAAAAGCUCAAUAAAACAGUCCUUUUCAAAGGGCAUUAGCCCAAUGUGGGUCUCUGGUGGGUCUUCCCAUGAGGAUGGAAACUGGGUUUCAGCGGCCCUCACAAUCCCCAUCACCACCCCACCCCUUUCCAAGUGCAUAUUGUAUAUAGUUCUCUGCAAACCUAUGCUGGCAUCAGUGCACAAACACAGCCAGAGUUCCAUUUUUAAUAAAAAUGGUUUUUUUUAAAGCGAUCCAUCAAAUGCCUCUGUAACACCUCUGUUCAAACAUUUCGAUUUUAGUAAAUCUUCAAAAAUCUUUGAAAAGUGCCUUUAUACUAUCUAAUUAAAUACAUAUGUUUUAAAAAUGUGGGUUUCAGACUGGAUUACUUCCAUUGUAUGUGUAAAAAUAUUUUUAUUCAAAAUGGGAAAUAUGGACUUGUAUGGUUCUUCAUCUCAAGGCCUCAAUUAUUCAUAAGUAUGCAGCGUCAUAAAUACAUCUCUGUACAGGGUGGGCAUUUCAACAUGCAGCAUUUCUUGAUGUAAAGGGACAUCUUGUAGUCUACCUAUUUUAGAACAUUAUUCUAUUGUUUAGAACAUAACAUAAUUAUUCAUAAGUAUGCAGUGUCAUAACUACAUAUUUGACGUUUAUAAUAAACCAAAUGU